GGCGCAGCAUGGCGGCGGCGGGCACCGCGCAGCCACGGGCCGGGCCGGCCGCCGCCGGCGCCGCGGCGGACGAGUCGUCGGACAGCGAGCCGGAGCAGGAGCCGGGCUCGCCGCAGAAGCUCAUCCGCAAGGUCUCCACGUCCGGGCAGAUCCGCCAGAAGACUAUCAUAAAAGAGGGGAUGCUGAUGAAACAGACCAGCUCCUUCCAGCGCUGGAAGAGACGAUAUUUUAAGCUGCGAGGACGAACUCUCUACUAUGCAAAAACUGCUAAGUCCAUUAUUUUUGAUGAGGUGGAUCUGACAGAUGCCAGUGUGGCAGAAUCCAGCACUAAGAAUGUCAACAACAGCUUCACGAUUAUCACUCCAUGUCGGAAGCUCAUCCUUUGUGCUGAUAACAGAAAAGAGAUGGAAGAUUGGAUUGCAGCACUGAAGACUGUACAGAACCGUGAACAUUUUGAGUCUACCCAGUACAGCAUGGACCAUUUCUCAGGGAUGCACAACUGGUACGCCUGCUCACAUGCUCGGCCAACAUACUGCAACGUGUGUCGGGAGGCAUUAUCUGGAGUCACAUCACAUGGGCUCUCAUGUGAAGUGUGCAAGUUUAAAGCCCACAAGCGGUGUGCUGUGCGAGCAACCAAUAAUUGCAAGUGGACAACUCUGGCCUCUAUCGGGAAGGAUAUCAUUGAGGAUGAAGAUGGGAUCUCGAUGCCACAUCAGUGGUUGGAAGGAAACCUGCCAGUGAGUGCCAAAUGCACUGUGUGUGAUAAAACCUGUGGCAGCGUCCUGCGUUUGCAAGACUGGCGCUGCCUUUGGUGCAAAGCCAUGGUACACACAGCAUGUAAAGAGUUGUUGCCAAACAAGUGCCCUCUUGGGCUGUGCAAAGUAUCUGUCAUUCCUCCUACUGCUCUUAACAGCAUUGAUUCAGAUGGUUUCUGGAAAGCUACUUGCCCACCUUCUUGCACAAGUCCUUUGUUGGUCUUUGUCAACUCAAAAAGUGGAGACAACCAGGGAGUAAAAUUUCUACGAAGAUUCAAACAGCUACUGAAUCCAGCCCAGGUCUUUGACCUCAUGAAUGGAGGACCUCACCUUGGUUUACGCUUAUUCCAGAAAUUUGACACUUUCCGGAUUCUAGUUUGCGGUGGGGAUGGAAGUGUUGGCUGGGUUCUCUCCGAAAUUGAUAGUCUCAAUCUUCACAAGCAGUGCCAGCUGGGAGUGCUGCCGUUGGGAACAGGGAAUGACCUUGCUCGGGUGUUAGGCUGGGGGUCUGCUUGUGAUGACGAUACCCAGCUCCCCCAGAUCCUGGAGAAGCUGGAGAGGGCGAGUACCAAAAUGUUGGACAGGUGGAGCAUCAUGGUAUAUGAAACCAAACUCCCACGCCAGGCCUCCACUUCCACGGUCACCGAAGAUUUCAGUGAGGAUUCUGAGGUGCAGAAGAUUCUCUUCUAUGAAGACUCUGUGGCUGCUCAUUUGUCCAAAAUUUUGACUUCUGACCAACAUUCAGUGGUCAUCUCCUCAGCCAAGGUACUUUGUGAGACAGUAAAAGAUUUUGUGGCUCGAGUAGGGAAAGCCUAUGAGAAGGCAACAGAAAGCUCAGAGGAAUCAGAGGUCAUGGCCAGAAAGUGCUCUGUCCUAAAGGAGAAACUGGACUCGCUGUUGAAGACACUGAAUGAUGAAUCUCAAGCAUCUUCAUCUCUGCCAAAUCCUCCUCCCACCAUUGCGGAGGAAACUGAAGAUGGUGAUGGGUCGGGCAGUGCUUGUGAUUCUUCUAGUGACCGGUCGGUGGGCUCAUCGUGUACUGCACGGCCCCAGAUAUUUCGUCCCCGGGAGCAGCUCAUGUUGAGAGCCAACAGCUUGAAAAAAGCCAUUCGUCAGAUUAUAGAGCAUGCAGAAAAAGCCGUAGAUGAACAAAAUGCCCAGACUCAGGAGCAGGAAGGCUUCCUCCUUAGUCUCUCAGCUUCUGAAGAGGGCAAGGAGAUAAGGAAUGAGGAUAAAAUCUCCCUGCAGUCGUCACACAGCAGCAGCUAUGGAGUGUCCAAAGUGAGGAACCAACGGAAAGGGUCCAAGUCUCCUUGCGAAAGACAAAUAAACAAAGGAAGUUUGUCGCUGGGCAGCUCUGCAUCUCUUCCUCCCCAGACAGGAAACCGGGACAACUUGCCAAUGCUGAACACAAAAAUCCUCUAUCCAAAUAUUCGUGCUGGCAUGUCUGGGUCUUUGCCUGGGGGCUCUGUCAUCAGCCGAUUGUUGAUCCAUGCUGAUCCCUUCAACUCUGAGCCUGAAAAUCUUGAAUGUUACACAGAGAAGUGUGUCAUGAAUAAUUACUUUGGAAUUGGACUGGAUGCAAAGAUUUCUUUGGAUUUCAACAACAAACGUGAUGAGCACCCAGAGAAGUGCAGAAGUCGUACUAAAAACAUGAUGUGGUACGGAGUACUGGGGACCAAGGAGCUGCUACACAGAACAUAUAAAAACCUGGAGCAGAAAGUGUUGCUGGAGUGUGAUGGGAGGCCAAUCCCUUUGCCCAGUCUCCAGGGAAUUGCCGUACUCAACAUUCCCAGCUAUGCAGGAGGCACCAACUUCUGGGGGGGAACCAAGGAAGAUGAUACAUUCACAGCCCCUUCCUUUGAUGACAAGAUUUUGGAGGUGGUAGCCGUGUUUGGUAGCAUGCAGAUGGCAGUAUCACGAGUGAUAAACCUUCAGCAUCACCGGAUUGCACAGUGUCGGACUGUGAAGAUAGCAAUCCUGGGAGAAGAGGGAGUUCCUGUACAAGUGGAUGGAGAAGCCUGGAUCCAGCCUCCAGGUUACAUUUGGAUUGUUCAUAAGAACAGGGCACAGACCCUGACCCGAGACAGGGCAUUUGAGAGCACCCUGAAGUCCUGGGAGGACAAACAGAAAUGUGAGUUGUCCCGACCCUCCUCUUUCUCACUGCAACCAGAGAUCAUGUCGGAAGAAGAAUCCACCCAGAUCAACCAAUUUGGUCAAGCUGCAGGUGCUCUGAUCCACAGCAUUCGGGAAAUAGCCCAAUCCUAUCAGGACAUGGAACAGGAGCUUGCCCAUGCUGUCAAUGCCAGCUCCAAGUCUAUGGACAAAGUCUACGCUAAAUCCAAGUCUACAGAGGGCCUGAACUGCAGCCUUGUUGUAGAGAUGGUGAAUAAUGUCAAAGCCCUGCAUAAUGAGACAGAGCUGCUGCUGGCCGGCAAGAUGGCGCUGCAAUUAGAUCCUCCCCAGAAGGAGCAGCUCCAAGCAGCCCUGGCAGACAUGGACCUCCAGUUGAGGAAACUGGCAGACAUCCCUUGGCUGUGGCAGCUUAUGGAGCCCUGUGAUGAGGAGAACCAGAUGCUGGAUUAUUCUAAACGCAGCCGCAGUGGAAAAUUCCGUCUGGUGACCAAGUUUAAAAAGGAGAAAAACAACAAAAAUAAGGAGACUCAUAGUAGCAUGGGAUUGCCGGUUCACCUCUGGGGAACGGAGGAGGUUGCGGCCUGGCUUGAGCAUCUCAGUCUUUGUGAGUAUAAGGAUAUCUUCAUCCGGCAUGACGUCCGGGGCUCUGAGCUCCUGCACCUCGAACGGAGGGACCUCAAGGACCUGGGUGUGACCAAAGUGGGCCACAUGAAGAGAAUAUUACACGGGAUCAAGGAGCUGAGCCGGAAUACUCCUGUCAGCGAGGUUUAGCCUCUGUUUUCACAGCCUGUGUCUACCAUUCCCACUAACUGCACAGCAGUCACCUCACAGAGCAGAUGUGCUCACAACUGUCUCUACUGAACAGCCAAACUGCAGCUGUUCAGAGCUCAUAUCAACCAAGCAUGGUGCUACCUUUUUUCCUGUGGGGUACGGCUGCAUACAGUCAAGAGGCACCUUAUCUGCACUGAGGCAGAGCCUCCCGGAAGAGAACUCACUUGCUGUUUGAAGAACUGUGUCCUCCAGUGUGGGAAGUUCUGGUUCCAGUGAUAGUGCAGGACUCCUGAAAAUUGCAACACAGCUACCUUUACUGGAUAACUUCAUCACAGUACAAUUAUUCAGGGCAAAAGAUAAUAUUGGCCAGUCUUAGUUCAGGAGCAUCUGACAGUCUUUUCAAGCUGAAAACUUUCCUGCUCAUCUAUAUGUCAUACCUGUAUCUUAGAGCAUUUCAGUGGGAUGGAGCUUGUCCUUUUGUCUUACUAACCUGUUUUUAACAAGCCUGUAGUUGCAUGUGAUUUGCAUCAGAAAUUCAAAGCCAGUAUAGACCUCCCCUUGCCAAUGAACUCCCAGAGAUUCUCACUCACAUAUGCCUUGCAACAAACAAUGCAUGUGGUUAGAACAGCGUGGUCUUCCACUGGGCCUGGCUCUUCUCUUUCAGCCAGUCACAAUGGUACAACGUUUAGGUUUUCAGGCAUCACAAACAAUUGUUUGGAAAUUCCUGACACUAAUUAAAGACAAAAUUCUCAAGAGCCAAAAGAUUACAGGAAAUCUGCUCUGACUGCAUCAUCUUCAGGAGACCAAAUGAAGGGGAGAGGAACACUAACUAGAUUUCUGGGCCAUGCAAGAAGUGUAAUGUAAUGAAGUAAGAUAUGGAACAAGUUGCUUCACUUCGAUGUGGGGAGCAGCAUGACUGGCAAGAGCCAGGAGUGGCUUGCUGUCCAUUUGGUCCCACUGUCGUGGCCACAGAAAACAAAGCUCUUGUUUUUCUUCAACUUGUAGUUGCAGAAAACUAUUUCUGUUGCAAAAAUAACAGUCUAUUCAUAGUACUUGCAUCUUUUGACCUGUCUUGGUUCUAGCAGCUUUUCCACCUUGCUUCUUCCUCUUCCUGCCUUGCUCCUUCACCCCAAGAUGGAUACCAAAAGAUUAGGGUGGCUCAGUCCUCCUGGGUUGUACCCCCAUGAGAGCAAUCGUCCUGUCAAACAUCAGGGCUCCUCUAAGAGCCCUGAGAUAAAGAGAAUUGUUACAGAGUGGACAAGCAUCAUAAUGAAAACUGGAGUAUGUUGGUAAAUAGUCUUUGGUACCACCAACAGCGGAGCAUGGAAAAAUCAGUGCCUCUGAAUCAGAGUUCCUAGACGGCCUUCAAAUUUCCACUGUAUUGCCUGACCCCAGUCAGGUGACUGUUAAAGCCCGAAGACCAGCAUGCAUAAUUAUAUUGCCAUGUUUAUCACUGCAGAAGGAAUUUAGGGACAUUCAAUGCUGUAAAGCUGGAGAGACAGCAGGAAUUUUUAAUUACUUUGUAAUUUUGUAUGGUUUUUGUUUCUUUUUUUUUUUUUAUUACAGUGGCAAUUGUUUGCCUAUGGCUGCAGACAGAGAAAUGGUUACAUACACAGUCCCAUGAAAGAUCAUUUUCUGAGGACAUCUUUUUCUUUGUUGUUUCUAAGGAUUUUAUCAACCUGACAUCAGCUCUGUAGUCACAACUACAAUCAACCAAAUUAUUUUAUGUAAAUUCUUGUCUGCUUCAAAAGGCUGUGGGCUGAUACCAUGCUAGGCAAACUCCAUUGCAUUCUUUAAGGUUUCACCAAGGAUUAUUCUGACUCUCCAUAUCUGUUUUUAACUCAUUUAGCCACACACCUCCUCUCAGCCUAGUGAGUUGACAGGGUUUGCUCAUGAGAAGUUAGCAGAAGACUAAACAUGCUUCAUCAAACUAGCAAAAUUUCUUGUAUAAAUACUGUGGACUGAGCAAGAAAUAUGUUCAGUUUUGCUCUGAAUUUGUUUCUUCUAUCUACAUCAGCAAUUGCUUCCCUGGCCAUAUUUUUUCUUUAUCAGUCCGGAACCCUGUUACUGUAUUGAAUUCCUGAGGUAUCGGAUGAGUAAGAGUAGUAGACAUAAAGUGUUUGGGACACUGAGCAGCAUCUGCAUGAGAAUGAGGAGAAACCUUCACUAAGUAGAGCCCCAGGACACAUUCUUCCUCACUGGUGACAGUGAGGUGCAGCCCACUGCCUGUCCCUGGGAGCAUGCCUGGUCAGGAUGUUCAUGUGCCUGCCCAGCAGAGUGCAGCAGGGCACACAAGGCAGGUGAUAGCUCUGGAGAGGGGGUGAGAUCUGUGUUUGCUCCUUUACCUGAUGAAGGAGUUGUUGCUGUGAAGUUUCUCCGGGAACCUCAUGAUUUAAGGUGUAUAAACAGUAUGCACUUGCCUUGUUGGCAUAAUUUCUGGGGGAUAGAUUCUUGCCUCAUUAGAAACAGCUCCUCUCUACUUUUCCUGCUCAGAGUAACGGGAAUCCAAAGAGUUCAGGCUUGUUCCUUCAUUUGUGCCAUAUCUGGAGAGGCCUGAAGGCCGUUAGCCAUGUGCUAUAUGGGUGAUGAUUCCUGCAGAGACCAAUCUUCCUUUCUUUUACUUUUAUAUUCUGUCCUGAUCAAAUACUUCUUGUGUAGGUGCACAUUUUAUCAAAGUGUUCAUAGCCAGUAUAUUCCUGUCUAUUUCUUACUGAAGGCAGGGAAGGAGUUCUACCUUCUUUUAAGAGCUAGAAAAUGGGAUCCAUAUUUAACCUGAGUGCCUUUGAAUAUGUAUUAAGGUUUAUAUCUAACAAAAAGUUGUAGCUCUGUGUGUCUCACUGGGAAAAAUGCAGAUUGCGGUUGCAGAGAUUUUGUGAGUAGAUUAGGAUGAUUUGUGUCAAAACUCAGUGAGAGCUAUCUGCAAAGCAGGCGGUCAGGCUGAACUUCUGGCUACGUUAUUCCGAGUUCCUCUUCUGGCAUCUGAUCAUUUUUCUGUGGGAGAGAAAUUCAGGAAAGACGAUUAGACAUAGACAAUAUCUGUUUUGCAAAAAAAAAAAAAAAAAAGAGAGACUCUCCUGCAGUCUCAGGUAAAACACCAGCUUGAGAGAAGCUAGAACUGCACACAUCACGUGUAUGUUUAGUCUCCUAAAAAUGCUACUCUUGUGGAAGCUUUGUGCCACCCUCUGUUUAUCAACUCUCCCUGUUGGCAGUGAUUUGGAAGGAGCUGGGGCAGUGUCUGCGGUGAGCUGGGCAUAUGGUUCCACGUGCUAGGACGAGUUUUCAGUACAUUGUCUCACAUUCUGGCAUGGCCCUGGAAAUUCACCCUGAAUAGCAGGUUCUGGGGAAUAGCGUGCCCUGUGUUAGGACGAUUUGGUUCAGUGGGAUUGCGUGCAGUGGAGACCAGAGGGUGUUUGGGCUCGUGAAGGAGCUAUCAGCAAUGUCCUGCUCUGCCCGUAGGGAGGGCUGUUAGGCUAACGCAGUCCUUCUGGUUUUGCAUGUGGGAUCUUGCAGCGCCCAGAGCAUGCGGCCCUACUGCGGGAGCCUUGCAGCACAGUGGAGCUGUGGCUCGGGGCCCGGGGGUGCCGCCCUGCUGCAAGAACCUUCAGCCCUGCUGCAAGAGCCUCCAGCCCUGCCGGGGCCUCCAGUGCCCGUCCUGGGAACGUUUCUGCACCAAGUCAUACAGAGAGCUUUGUUCGUUGUUUUAGUGUUAUUUAAAAAUGUGCAUACUAUCUAUGUGACUUAAAAAGACUGUUUACACAAAGUAUUUUGUAUCUUAAGAUGUGUGUACUGUAAAAAAGAAAAAAAAGAAAGGAUGAAAAAUGAUGUUUUUCUACAACUGUCAGCAGUGACUGCAUGUCUGUAUCACCGUCCACCAACUAUUGUUCCUCAGGGGUCUCCGCGCCAUUCCUGUGAUCCUGUCAGAAGCAUAGGGAAGAAAAUGAAUCCCUGUACAGUCUUGGGAAGAAGGUUUUGUGCCUUACGAAUGGGACCUGCUUCCCUCCUAUUUAUUGUGUUAAUUUAUACAGUUGUUAUCAUGGAAAUGUCUCUUGUAUUUUUUUGUACAUAGUUUAUUGUUGAUUGUUGUAAAUAAGUUUUUCUUGUAUAUAAAGUAAACAUGUUUCUGAGCUUCCAGUAAAUAUUCUGUUACUGAUUUCAUUGUGUGAGAAGGCUGCAAUGCCCACUUGGUGGGAACCAGCUAAUAAAAAUCUGUGCUGUGAUAAAA